AUGGGUGCUGCGUGCAUGGGUGCGAGCUAUGCUCAUGAAGCGAUGAUAGCAGGGGCUACCCUCGCCCUUGGAUUCACUCCUACCGUCGUUGAGAGGAAGCACAAGAAGUUCAAACCAAAAAAAGGUCCGCAAAAGGAAGAGGCAAAUACAGGAGCAGGAGCCGGAGCCGGAGCCGGAGCCGGAGCCGGAGCCGGAGCCGGAGCAGGAGCAGGAGGAGGGGUUGGGAAGGAAGCCGGGGAACGAGCUGAUGCUGGGAUUGGAAAGGGGGAUGGAGAUAUCACGGGUGGUAAAAGUAAGCAAGGGAGAGGGCAAUUCGAAAAAUGUUUCAACCAUACAGAUUCAAACUUGCAUGGAGUUCGACGUCGAGGAGGCAACAGUGCUCUUGGCGAUGCUCCCACCUUGAAUCGCCGUCGGAGUCGCUCGCUGAGUGACCUGAGUGACGCGUUCGAGGAGGAGGCGCGCGCCACGGAGACUCCGGUGGAGCAGGGAGGUGUGCGACGCCUUCAAGGCCCUGAGAAGCAGAAGGAAGCAAGAGGCCCCCACCGAUACGACGCCAUCCUCAGCAAGAGCAGCAUCGAUGACAACCUGCACUUCGUCACCACCCGCGAGCACAGCGGUGGUUGGUCGAAGCGGCUUGGGAAUCGACAAUUAGCGAAUCAGCUGGACUUCUUGCGAAACAGCUUGGAAGAGAGAGAGAUCCUCAAGGCGAUGAAUGGAGGAGGGAAGAAGUCAGGCAAGCAGGACAAGAAGCAGGGAGGAUCUAAGGAGACAGUGUUGCACCUGUGA